AUGGAUAGCAAUGAAGUGUCUGCAGAUUUAAAGAAAGAGUCUGUGCAGAAUUUCAUCAACCAAACCUGGCUGGAGCGCUAUGAUGAGGACAUCUCAGAGCAAUACCUCACUCUCCUGUGGUCCAACAUCGUGUCCAUUUUCACAAUAGGAGGAUUCAUUGGAGCAACUAUAGGUGGAACACUGGCCAUUCGAUUUGGGAGAAAGGGGACACUAAUGAUGAACAACGCAUUUGCCUUACUGGCUGCUCUGUUGAUGGGCCUGAGCUACCCCACUGGAUUAUUUGAACUGCUCAUCGUUGGACGAUUUUUCACAGGAGUAAAUGCGGGUAUCGGCAUAUGCGUUCAGCCACUGUAUCUGGGGGAAAUCGCCCCAAGGGCACUUCGUGGUGCCAUGGCAAUGGGGACUUCUAUUUUCAUCACCGGGGGCAUCCUUACUGGACAGGUGAUUGGGCUUAAGGAGCUCCUCGGUAAAGAAGAACACUGGCCCAUCCUGCUCUGCACCACCUGUAUCCCAGCGUUCCUGCAGCUCCUCAUACUGCCCUGGUUCCCAGAGAGCCCUCGCUACCUGUUGAUCGACAGAGGGGAUGACGUUGGAUGUAGAAAAGCGAUGAAGCAACUCCACGGCACGGAUAACUUUGAUCGCGAGCGGGAGGACAUGGAGAGGGAGAGGGUCAGCGCCAUUGGCAUUAAACCCAAGAAGCCCUGGCAGCUGUUCAUGGACUGCAGCCUCCGCUGGCAAGUCCUCACCAUCAUCCUGCUCAACGCUGCCCAGCAGCUCAACGGCAUCAACGCUAUUUAUUUUUAUACAGAUUAUGUGUUUGAGGAGGCCGGAAUUCCAGAUGUAAACAUACCCUACGUAACUGUGGGCACAGGAGCCUGUGAAUGCCUCACUGCCCUUACCUGUGGCAUGCUGAUCGAAACUCUGGGACGAAAAGUGCUUAUCAUCGGAGGGUACACCCUAAUGGCUUUCUGGUGCAUUUGCUUCACUCUGACCCUCACCUUCCAAGGAGCAGGCGUAUGGAUGCCUUAUCUUAGCAUGGGAUGCGUCUUUGCUUUCAUACUCAGCUUUGGCUUGGGGCCAGGUGGGGUGACAAACAUCUUGACCACCGAGUUAUUCACACAAACCAGUCGGCCUGCCGCGUACAUGAUCGGAGGGUCCGUGAACUGGCUCAGCUUCUUCGUCAUUGGCAUGGUGUUUCCAUUUAUUGUGACUAAGUUGCAGCAGUACUGUUUCCUGGUGUUCUUGGUGAUAUCUGUCUUGGUGGCUGUAUACAUAUUCCUGGUAGUCCCUGAGACCAAGAACAAAACCUUCCUGGAGAUCCAUACCGAGUUCCAGUCCGGAGAUAAGAGGAAGGCUUCAAAAGCAGAUGACGGCCCAAGGACAACAUUGUUGUCAACCCCUCUGUGAAACACAGCUCCAGUGUUUGCUGAAAGGACUUGUCAAACUUGUACCACAUUACUUAUUAUUCAACAACUGGCAGUGCUAUGAAUAUCUCAUUGCCAUAAUGAUACAAAGUUCCAGAAUAUGUGUUCUUUGUCAGGGAUUGUGAAGUGUAGACAUUAUAGUAAUUGGAACACAAGUAACAACAAAAUGAACUAGGUACUGUUAAAGGGAUACUCUGGGAUGUUGGCAAUGAGGCCGUUUAUCUACUUCCCCAGAGUCAGAUGAACUCGGGGGUAGCAUUUUUAUGUGUCUUGUGUGCAGUUUAACGGAAAUUGCUAACUAGGGCUAGCGUAAUUGCUAACUAGUGCUAGCAGAUACCAUAGACUUCCAGACAUUAUGCUAAUCCAGACAUUAUGCUAAUCUGACUCUGGGGAAGUAGAUAAAAGGUCUCAAAGCCAAAAUCCUUAAGUAUCUCUUUAAUGUUGCUGAUAAGUCCAGAUCAAUGAUUUAUAUACAGUAUGCAUGAGAUUUACAUUUGACAUUUUAUUCAUUUAGCGGACACUCUUGUUCAGAGCGACUUACAGUUAGUGUAUUUUCCUCAAUAAUGUAGCUAUCAGCAAAGUCAGAGCUAGUAAGGGGGAAAAAAGUAGAGUGUAAGUAUUUGUUCACAAAAGGCUGUUUUUGGGGGGGGGGGGUGUCGGGGUGAGAGGGUCGGUGCUGUAGGAUUAUUUAAGAUAUUCUUCGAAGAGGUAGGGUUUUAGAUGUUUUCUAACGAUAGACAGAGACUGCUGUCAUAGCUUCAGGGGGAAGCUGGUUCCACCUUUGGGGUGCCAGGACAGAGAAGAGUAGAAUGGUCUUGUAGUGGAUGCGAGCUUCGACUGGAAGCCAGUGGAGUCUGCGGAGGAGCAGGGUGACAUGGAAGAACUUUGGAAGGUUGAACACCAGGAGGGCUGCAGCGUUCUGGAUAAGUUGCAGGGGUUUGAUGGCACAAGCAGGGAGCCAACCAACAGCUAGUUGCAGUAGUCCAGAUGGGAGAUGACAAGUGCCUGGAUUAGGACCUGCACCACUUCCUGUGUGAAGUAGGGUCGUACUCUAUGGCCGUUAUAGAGCAUGAAUCUACAGGAGUGAGUCACUGCUUUGAUGUUUGCAGAGAACGAAAGGGUGUUGUCCAGUGUCCUGCCAAGGUUCUUUGCACUCUUGGAGGGAGUCAAGCGUGAUGGAGAGGACUUGGAGCGGGCAGGCCAUCCCCGGGAGGAAGAGCAGCUCCAUCUUGUCGAGGUUGAGCUUGAGGUGGUGGGCCAACAUCCAAGCUGAGAUAUCGGCCAGGCUUGCAGAGAUGCGUGUCGCCACCUGGGUGUCAUGAGAAGGAGAGUAGUAGCUCAGUGUCAUCCGCAUAGCAAUGAUAGCGAGACCAUUUGAGGAUAUGACAGAGCCGAGUUACUUAGUUUAUAGUGAGAAAAGGAAAGGGCCUAGAACCGAGCCCUUUGGACACCAGUCGUGAGUAUGUGGUGAAGACACAGAUCCUCUCCACGUCACCUGGUUGGAGCGGCCAUUCGGGUAGGAUGCAAUUCAAGAGUGUGCAGAGCCUGAGACACCCAGACCUGAGAGGGUGGAGAGGAGGAUCUGAUGGUUCACGGUAUCGAAGGCAGCAGAUAGAUCUAGGAGGAUGAGAACAGAGGAGAGAUUCAGCUUUGGCAGUGCAGAGAGCCUUUGUGACAGAGAUCAGCAAUCUCAAUUGAGUGACCUGUCUUGAAGCUGGUUAGGUUAGGGUCAACAAGAUCAUUCUGAAAAAGAUAGUGAGAGUUGGUCAGAGACAGCACGCUCAAGUGUUUUGUAAAGAAAAGAUAGAAGGGAUACUGAUCUGUAGUUUUUGACAUCCGAUGAGUUGAGUGUUGGUUUCUUGAGGAGGGGAGCGACUUGAGUCAUUUUGAAGUCAAAGGGGAUACAGCCAGUGGUCAGGGAUGAGUUGAUCAGGGAAGUGAGGAAUGGGAAAAGGUCUCAAGGGAUGGUCUGGAGAAGGGAGGAUGGGAUGGGGUCAAGCGGGCAGGUUGUUGGGCGGUCAAGGGAGAAAAGAAAGCAGUCAAGGUGUAGGGUAGCUCUAUAUGUGUGGGACCAUUGGACUCAAUAGGCUGAGUAAAUGAGGAGUGGAUGUCGUCAACCUUCUUUUCAAAGUGGUUAACAAAGUUGUCCGCGGAGAGGGAGGAAGAAGGGGGAGGGGUGGAGGAUUAAGGAGGGAGGAGAAGGUGGAAAGUAGUUUCCUAGUGUUGGAGGCAAAAGCUUGAAAUUUUGAGUGAUAGAAAGUGGCUUUAGCAGCGGGUACAGAGGAAGAGAAGGUAGAAAAGAGGGAAUGAAAGUAUGAUAGGUCCUCCAGAAGUUUAAUUAUCCUCCAUUUCUGCUCAGCUGCUCACAGCCCUGUUCUAUAAGCUCGCAAUGAGUUACUCAGUUACUCAUCCUCUCUUUCCUUCCUCGAAUAACUCUGAAGAUGAACUCGGCAGAACCAUCUUAGUUUUGCGACGUGACCACCGCUGACACAACCAUCGCUGUCACACCCGCCACUGACACGACUGCCGCUGAGGAAACAAAUGACUGAUAGGGGACGCUGUUUUGAAGCCAACUGCGUCUCCAUCUUGGCACUCCCCCACCAUUGUAUAAAAUAUUUUAGAGGCUAUAUAAAUGCAUUUAUUAAUGUCUACAUUUGUUUUUGCCAUGUUUAUUCUAUUAGGCCCAGUAGUCGAAAACAUAUUUUUCCACACUAUGAUGUUCGAAUAAUUCAGGGUAAAGAGGAAGGAAAAUGCCAUAACGGGUAUAGAUACAAAUAAAAUAAGUUACUACAGAAAUUGAGGGAUCAAUUUUAUAUUGAAAACACAGAUGGGAGAUAUAUAUUCCAUGUGAAUUAAAACAAGAAACCUAAUAUAUUCCUUGUCAAUUAAAACAAGAAACUGAUGCACCCCA